CGGAUUUGUGGAAACAUCUUCUCCAGCUGCGUGAAGGACUUGAUUCACAAAAUGAAACGAGAGUCCUUUGAAGCUUCCGAUCUGCUGCGUGGUUUUAUUUGUGUUUUUCCAGUUUGAAGUAGGAACUGAAUGACAGACCGGAAACCCUACGGCACCGUGUUGAUCGUGUAAACCAAGAUUAUUCAUCUAUCGGAACCUACACAGCCUUGCGUGAUGCUUAAUGGACCGACCUUCCGCGACCACGACCCGAUGCGACUCGUUGACCCGAGGCAUCUCCCGCAACUGAUGUCCCUGGAGGACCAUGAGCCCACUAUGGUGGAAGGGACGCUGGGACCCCGCAACUCCACGCCGGCAGGGGAGGAGGGGGCUCCGGGUCAGCAGCACCACUCCUUCCCCUGGGUGCCCACCCUGCUGGCCGGCGUGCUGAUCACGACCAUCGUGGUGGAUGUUCUCGGGAACCUGCUGGUCAUCGUGUCCGUGUUCAGGAACAGGAAGCUCAGGAAAGCAGGAAACGCCUUCGUGGUGAGCCUGGCUCUCGCUGACCUGGUAGUCGCCAUCUAUCCCUACCCGCUGGUCCUGACCGCCAUCUUCCACGAUGGUUGGAUCGCCGGUUACAUCCACUGUCAGAUUAGCGGCUUCCUCAUGGGCCUCAGCGUCAUCGGCUCCAUCUUCAACAUCACGGGCAUCGCCAUCAACCGCUACUGCUACAUCUGCCACAGUCUUAAGUACGACAAACUCUUCUCCAACAGCAACACCAUGUGCUACGUUGUGCUCGUCUGGGCGCUCACCAUCCUCGCCGUCGUGCCCAACUGGUUCGUGGAGUCGCUGCAGUACGACCCGCGGGUAUACUCCUGCACCUUCGCCCAGUCGGUCAGCUCGCUGUACACCAUCACGGUGGUGGUGGUGCACUUCAUCCUGCCGAUCGCCAUCGUCAGCUACUGUUACCUGCGCAUCUGGAUCCUCGUCAUCCAGGUGAGGCGGAGGGUCAAGCCGGACUCGCGGCCAAAGAUCAAGCCGCACGACCUCCGCAACUUCCUCACCAUGUUCGUGGUGUUCGUGCUCUUCGCCGUCUGCUGGGCGCCGCUGAACCUGAUUGGCCUGGCGGUGGCGCUGGACUCCAGGCUGGUCUGGUCGAUACCCGAGUGGCUGUUCACGGCCAGCUACUUCAUGGCGUACUUCAACAGCUGCCUCAACGCCGUCGUGUACGGCGCCCUGAACCACAACUUCAGGAAGGAGUACAAGAGGAUCGUCCUGAUCAUCUUCAAGUUUCACUGCUGAGACUUCACACGGAGGUGCCGGAGUCAUUUUCAACUUUUGUGACACGAAAACGAUAGUGAAAAGAUGAACUUGGCCUUUUGGCUUAAGAGAGGAUAACUGUACAAAUGAAAGGGAACGACAUCAAAUAAAGGUAUGAAGGUAAAAAGGUAUGAAGAAGAAAGAAAACACUUUGUAUGACAGAGAAGAACUUUAAUAGCCAGAGGUGAAGAGGAGGAGGAGAAGUGAAGGAAAGGGACAAAGUGAAAUAAAUGAUGCCACACAGAGCUAUCAGUGAUGCCUUCAGGGACCUUGAGAGACAAUAAUACAGAGCAGGAGGCAGAGACUAGACUUCUCUUAGUAAUGUCUUUUAUCUCUGUUUGAAUAAAAAAAACGACAAACAACAACAACAAAAGUUGUUACUUAUGU